GUGAAAUUAGAUUUAUCUACCCCUGCUAGGUUGCUGUCCGCCUAAGUCUAGUUUAAGCUUAUUUGGUUUCGCAAAUCAUGACAAUGGCUUGUAAAGCUCAACUGUCGAUACCAAAUGGCCUCUGGUUCUUUUCAUCUUCGCCCCCAUUGUCACACCCUUUCUCCAAUUCCAUCAAUUUCCGGAAGAAUUAUUUCCGAAGUCGAGUUUUGGUCCGCCAAACCUAUCAAUGCUGGAAUUCCAGACGAUAUGGUGGAGCUCUCUAUAGUACUUGUAACGCCAACGAUGGCGACAGAAGCUCGGAUACUUUUUUUCUCACCACUCCGCUUUAUUACGUGAACGCCCCUCCUCACAUGGGUAGUGCAUACACUACCAUCGCGGCCGACGCCAUUGCCCGUUUUCAGAGGCUUCUGGGGAAGAAGGUAAUCUUCGCUACUGGAACUGACGAACAUGGGGAAAAAAUUGCUACUGCCGCGGCUGCCCGUGGUUGGACUCCAAGUGAACACUGUGAUAUUGUUUCACAAGCUUACAAGGCUCUCUGGAGAGAUUUAGAAAUUAGUUAUGACAAGUUUGUCAGAACAACUGAUCCAAAGCAUGAAGCUGUAGUUAAGGAGUUUUACUCAAAGCUUUUUUCCAAGGGAGACAUUUACAGAGCUGAUUAUGAAGGAAUUUAUUGUGUCAAUUGUGAGGAGUACAAGGAUGAGAAGGAAUUGCUAGAAAAUGACUGCUGCCCAGUGCACUUAAAGCCAUGCGUUAGAAAAAAGGAAGACAAUUACUUCUUUGCCCUGUCAAAGUACCAGAAGCAACUGGAAGAAAAGUUACAACUAAACCCUGAUUUUGUUCUGCCAUAUUUCCGACUAAAUGAGGUGCAAGGUUGGAUUAAAAGUGGCCUCAAAGAUUUUUCCAUCUCACGAGCAUCGGUCGAUUGGGGUGUUGCAGUUCCUAAUGAUCCUAAGCAGACCAUAUAUGUAUGGUUUGAUGCUUUGUUGGGUUACAUAUCUGCUGUUAUAGAGGAUAAGGAGAUGCCUGACUUACACCAUGCUGUUUCAUUAAAGUGGCCUGCAUCAUUACACUUAAUUGGAAAGAAACAAACUUUCUUUACUUACUUGGAAAAGAAGGAUUCCCUCCCUAUGGUCAAUCAGAGGUUUUAUAGUUCUAAAAAUAAAAAAUGCCUAGUGGUCUAGCUAGCUUGUCGUUCUUUUGUAGACAAUGGCAAUUUUACUACAAAACCCGGAAAUGACAAAGUUUUAUCUGAAAAAAAAGGAUAUAUUGCGCUUUCAUGCGGUUUAUUGGCCAGCUAUGCUGAUGUCAGCUGGGUUUGACCUUCCUAAGAUGAUAUUUAGCCAUGGAUUCCUGACAAAGGAUGGCGUGAAGAUGGGAAAGUCCUUAGGGAAUACACUCGAGCCGACUGACCUGGUUAAUAGAUUUGGAUCUGAUGCAGUCCGAUAUUUUUUCCUCAGGGAGGUGGAAUUUGGUAAUGAUGGAGACUUCUCAGAGGAACGCUUCGUCAACAUUACUAAUGCACAUCUUGCAAAUACAGUUGGAAAUCUUCUAAGUCGUGUGCUUGGACUACUGAAGAAGAACUGCCAAUCAACUUUGCCAUUUGAUUCAACUGUUGCUGCGGAAGGGAAGUCAUUGAAAGAGACUGUUGAAAAACUGGUUCAGAAGGCACAUAGCCAUUAUGAGAAGCUUGAACUCUCAUCAGCGUGUGAGGCAGUUAUAGAGAUUGGUAAUGCAGGAAAUUCCUUUAUUGAUAAACAAGCACCAUGGUCCCUUUUCAAGCAAGGUGGUGCAGAUUUUGAAAUUGCAGCCAAGGAUCUCGUAGUUGUGCUGGAAGUAGUGAGAAUCAUAGCAGUCGCUUUAUCUCCUGUUACUCCAAGCUUAAGCUUGAGGAUUUAUGCCCAACUUGGUUACACGAAAGAUCAGUUCCACGCUGUCACUUGGAGUCAUACUGCUUGGGGCGGGCUGAAGGGAGGUCAAGUUAUGGCUGAACCACAACCAGUAUUUGCAAGGAUUGAAGAUCGAAGCCAGCAAGAUAAUAGGGGUGAAGCAUCUCAGAAAGCUAGCAAGAAAAUGGGGAAAUAUUCCUCCAAAGACUAAACGAGUGUUAGAACACCCUCCUAUGGGUGGAUCAUGAAUGAGAACCGGGGAGGUCUAAACAGAACAAUCAUUAAUGCGAUUAGGUAUCCUCUUUAUCUAUGACUAAUGUAGUAUAGUUAUCAGCUAAUUCGCACACUGGUCUUAAAAUUAUUGAUGUCUCAUAUCAAUAUAUGAAGUAUUAUACUAGUGACUAAAUAGAAUUUUAUGUGAUAACUGAUAAGCUUUAUAAGUAAUUACAAGUAGGG